AUGGACGGUGGUUUCGAUCAAACCGGAGGAGCUUCUAGGUACUUCCAAAACCUCUUCAGACCUGAGUUUCACCACCAGCUCCAACCUCAGUCUCAGCCACAGCCUCAGCCUCAAGCUAAAUCAGAUGGUGAAUCUGACUCCAACAAGGAUCCGGGCCAACCCGAUUCCGACCCGGUUAACUCGGGUUCCACUCCGGGGAAGCGUCCACGUGGACGUCCUCCGGGAUCUAAGAACAAGCCGAAGCCACCGGUGAUAGUGACGAGAGAUAGCCCCAACGUGCUUAGAUCUCACGUUCUUGAAGUCUCAGCUGGAGCCGACAUCGUUGAGAGCGUAACCACUUACGCUCGCCGUAGAGGGAGAGGUGUCUCUGUUCUCAGUGGUAACGGCACGGUGCUUAACGUCGCUCUCCGCCAGCCGGUGACGGUUCAGGGGAAUAAUGGUGUAGCUGGAAGCACUGGUGGGGUUGUGACUUUACAUGGAAGGUUUGACAUUCUUUCCCUCACAGGUACGGUGCUUCCGCCGCCUGCACCGCCGGGAUCCGGUGGUCUAUCAAUUUUUGUCUCCGGUGGACAAGGACAGGUGAUCGGAGGAAGCGUGGUGGCUCCGCUUCUGGCUUCAGGUCCAGUGAUCCUAAUGGCUGCAUCGUUCUCUAACGCAACUUUCGAGAGGCUUCCGAUUGAAGAUGAAGUAGGAGAUGGCGCAGGAGAAGUCGGAGGAGGAGGAGGAGGAGGUCCACCACCGGACACGUCAACAUCACCGCCGUCUGGAGCCGGUCAGGGAGAGUUAAGAGGUAACAUGAGUGGUUAUGAUCAGUUUUCCGGUGAUCCUCAUGUGCUUGGUUGGGGAGCCGGAGCCGCAACAAGACCACCUUUCUAG